CAAAGUUGAAGUUUUUUCAAGCUGUAAAACUAGUAUGCAUAUUUUUUAGAUUUUGAGCUUACCUGUAUUAUCAUUGUUAUUUAAUGGCUUAUACUUGUGUUCUCUGACCCGAACGUUUUAUUCAAUGAAGAGGCGAUUCUUUGGUUUCAAAAUUACACGAAGCCUUAAUACCCUUUUUUGUGCGUCUACAUAUACUGGGAAACAUGAAUCAUUGAAGCCUGUGGAAAUGACUCCGGUCUACUGUAAUGCUGAAGAAUAUGCUAAUAGUGUGAAUAGUUUAAGUUCAACUGCCCGAGGAAAAUCGGAAUAUGAUGAAACUGUAGAACCUUUAGCGAAAAAUUUGCGAAAUAUACCAUCAUCUACACCCUACAGGGUUACUUGGUACGCGCAUGAUAAUGUUGCACCAGCAAAAGCAUUUGUGUAUUGGGCAUAUAGGCGUUUAAGGGAAUUACCGCCGGACUGGCAAGGGUAUUAUCGUCGUAUGCUUUAUCAAGAAGUUAGUGCUGUCCGAUUCGUUAAUCAACCAUGGGACUGCUUCAUGAUGGUUGUUGAUGGCUAUCGGAAGGCGAAAUGGGUGCUUCGAAAGUAUGAUGUUAAAAUAGAUGAAAGUUUGAUACCAAAACCAUACAAUAAUUUCUGGGAGGAAACGACACAUGAGGAGCGUGUAUGGGCUCAUCGUAGAUCACAGCAGAUGAAGGAGCUGCAAGCCUUGCAAAGAGAUGAGGAUGAAAUUAUUUUUGGUGCAAAUAUGAUGGACAGAAAAGAAGUAACGUAUAAUUCACUAAAAAAUAUUCAAACUGGGAUGCAAGGAGGAACACCUGUUCAUGCACAUGAUAUGCCAGCUCCGACGGAGGCUGAUUUAACAAUGUCUCCUCACGAUGAGGAAAUAAGUAGUGCUUUAAUGGGAAGCAUAGAGGACGAUAAACUUUGGAAUCCUGUUUUACGCUCGAGAAUUCACACAGAAAAACAGAGAGACGAAGUCAGCUUAUAUAGCUUCGAGGAUGAAGAUGAGAUUGAAGAUGCAGCUGACCAGACUAAGCAUGAAUAGUAAUUUGUGUAUUACAGAAUUUAGAGUGAAUUUUUAUCUUGAAAAUUGCUUUUCUAUCAAUUGCGACUAGUUGUGUUAUUUAUUUUCAAAAAAAAAA